AUGGCAGAACCUCACUCCUGCGCGGACGAUCCCUGCUGCUCCCACCAAAAUGCGGUGCCCAGCGUGCACCAGACGCUGGAGGAGAUGGACUUCGAGAGAGGAAUCUGGUCAGCAGCCCUGAAUGGAGACCUUGGCCGGGUGAAGUAUUUAAUCCAGAAGGCAACAGACCCUAGUCAGCCUGAUGCAGCUGGCUACACUGCUCUGCACUAUGCCAGCCGCAAUGGGCACUAUGCUGUGUGCCAGUUCCUGCUGGAAAGUGGAGCUAAGUGUGAUGCCCAAACCCAUGGAGGAGCCACCGCUCUGCACCGGGCCAGCUACUGUGGACACACAGAAAUUGCACGGCUUCUGCUUUCAUAUGGAUCCAAUCCUAGGUUGGCAGAUGAUGAUGGCAUGACCAGUCUACAUAAGGCUGCUGAAAAGGGUCACAUGGACAUUUGUUCCCUCUUGUUGCAACAUAGCCCAGCCCUGAAGGCUGUUCGGGACCAGAAGGCACGGCUACCAUAUGACCUGCUGCCCUGUAACAGUGACCUGCGGGACCUGCUUGCCAGUUGA